AUGUCGGACUACGAGGAUAAUAUGGACGUGGACGUGUCCAAGGACGUUCAGUUUAGCUCGUCAGACGCCAAUGGAAAGGCAAAGAGGACUGCAGCUGAUUUGCCGGUGGAAGCUCAAGAUAACUUGCCUUGGGUGGAAAAGUACCGUCCAGAUACCAUUGAAGAUGUCUCCGGUCACCAAGAUAUCCUUGCGACGAUUAACAGAUUCGUUGAAUGCAAUCGACUGCCACAUCUACUCCUCUACGGGCCCCCAGGAACCGGCAAAACAUCCACGAUCCUAGCCCUUGCGAGACGGAUAUACGGGACCAAGAACAUGCGACAGAUGGUGCUGGAACUCAAUGCCAGUGACGACAGAGGCAUUGACGUUGUCCGCGAACAAAUCAAGACUUUUGCCAGUACCAAGCAGAUUUUCUCAAUGGCACCGCCGACAACGUCCACCGGAUCAUCCCUCGCAUCAUUCAAGUUGAUCAUUCUGGAUGAGGCAGAUGCCAUGACAUCGACCGCGCAGAUGGCUCUUCGUCGGAUUAUGGAGAGAUAUACGGCCAACACCCGGUUUUGUGUUAUUGCCAACUACACUCAUAAAUUGUCGCCGGCUCUUUUGUCGCGGUGUACUCGGUUCCGCUUUAGUCCGUUGAAGGAGGCCGAUAUUCGAUCGUUGGUGGACAAGGUGGUUGAGAAGGAGAAGGUGAAUAUCCAGUCAGAGGCGGUGGAUAGUUUGGUUACUCUGAGUAAGGGUGAUAUGCGUCGGGCAUUGAAUGUGCUUCAAGCAUGUCAUGCGAGCAGCCUACCACUCCCAGUAAAGAACGCACCGAAGGACCAACCCCGUCCAGAACCAGAGACUAUCACCAACGAGACGAUUUACGACUGCAUUGCCGCACCGCAUCCCUCAGAUAUCCAAGAAAUCAUGUCUACACUGCUUUCGACUAGCGAUGUCACAUCCUGCCUCAAUACCCUGGAUACGAUCAAGAUCAACAAAGGUCUGGCUCUGGCGGAUAUCCUGUCCGCUCUGGCAGAGCAACUACAACAAUUGGAGGUACCUGCGCAGACGAGAAUUACUUGGCUGCAGGGUUUGGCGGAGAUUGAAUGGCGGUUGUCUGGUGGAGGGUCGGAAACUAUGCAGACGGGAGGUAUGGUUGGUGUUGUACGGAAUGGGUGUGAGUUAAUGGGUGCAUAA